GAUGUACUGAGUCAUUCCGCAAGGUACCCAUCAAAUUUCAAGGAGUUACUGUGAAAGCUGAUCUCUAUGCCUUACCCCUGGUUCGGCCAAACGUCAUUGUGGGAGUACAGUGGCUCGAAGGAUUAGGCAAGGUGACUACCGACUAUCGAACGGGAAUUAUGGAGUUUAACUCUGGAGGUCGACAAGUCACUCUGA